AUGGGGAAGGGGUGCUCUCCGGAGGCCACCUCCGGAUCCCAGCUCCUCUCCCCUGAGACCACUAAACUUGGCUUUAUGGACCAGCCAUUCCCGGACCCUGAGAUGGAGGCAUGGAAGUCUGUCCUCAGCCAGAGGGCGAUCAAAUCCUUGUACCCACCAGCGGCCAGCCCCUUCGUGCAGCGCACGCCCAUCAGUGCGAAGCGCCGGUCCUCCUCUCCUCACAGGGGCUGGGGGCCAAAAAAACUGUUGCAUCCAGCCCUCAAGUUCUUGUUCCAGGCGAUGUUCUUUUCAGCAGGGUUCCUGGUCAAAGUGAAAGGGAGAAAGGCAACGCAAGAGGAGGCCCCUAUCCUCGUGACAGCGCUGCACUCCACUUUCUUUGACACAAUCGCCUGUGUGGUGGCAGAGGUCCCCUCGGUGGUGUCAACAAAUCAAAAGCAGAUCCCAGUGCCCGGGAAACUCCUACUGUUCACACAGCCGGUGCUUGUGACCCGAAGACCAAAUUCCAGGCAGAAUACCCAGAAUGAAAUCCUGAGGCAGGUGACAUCCCAAAGGAAGUGGCCACAGAUUCUGAUUUUCCCGGAAGGAGUGUGUACCAAUCACACCUGCCUUAUCACUUUUAAACUAGGGGACUUCUGUCCAGGUAUCCCUGAAGAGGCAGUGCUGCUUAGAUACCCAAACCCCCUGAACACAGUGACCUGUACCUGGCAGGGCUUUACAGGCUUCCAGGUCUUUGUGCUGACCCUGAGUCAACUCUUCACCAGGGUAGAAGUUGCAUUCAUGCCUGGUUAUAUUCCAAAUGACCAAGAAAAAAAUCCCAUCCUUUUUGCCAGUACUGUGCGAAUCAACAUGGCAAAUGCUCUGGGAGCUGUCACAGACCAUAUAUAUCAAGACUUUUCAGAGCCCUUGAGACAACUUUUUGCUCUCUUUGACAGGAAUAAUGAUGGCAGCAUAGAUUUCAGAGAGUAUGCGAUAGGUCUGACUGUCCUAUUUAGUCCUGCCAACAUUGAACAGAUUCUGCAAAUGUCAUUUAAGCUUUUUGAUCUUGAUGACGAUGGUUUUAUAACAGGACAGGAGUUAAAUACUAUACUUUCGGCAGCUUUUGGCAUGCCAGAUCUUGAUGUUUCCAAACUCAGGAAAUAG